AUGUGCUUCGGUACCAUUGAGACCAUCCCCGUCGAAGUUUUCGAAAACAUCACCUCGUACCUUUCCAUAGGCGACGAGGCCAGGCUCUAUGCGACGUGCCGCCGCCUCCACAUCCACGGUGCGCCGCUCCUCCUUGCCCCCUUUGAACGCAACCAGCGCGCCAUGCUCUGGGCCAUCAGCCACGACGAUCUCGCGCUGCUCCGACGCUGCAGGCGUGCCGGCGCGCCCCUCGACGUCGUCGUCGUCUUCAAGACGAAGAAGCCCGAGCCCGGCGUCAACCGGCGCGGCGAGGCCGGCCGCCCGCGCGUGCGCAGCCCCAAGCGGCUUUCGACACUGGCACUCGCCGCGCGCCGGCAUGCGCCGCACGUCUUUGAGCACCUUGUCGCGCGAGGCGUCGGUUUCGGCCUGGGCGGCCCUACGGGAGUUAGCUUGGCGGCGCUCCGGCGGCAGCUUCGCCGCCUCAUGCAGAAGCUGGUCAGCCCGGCGCGGCUGGGAACGCUAAGGGAGCUCAUAGAGCGCGGCUUCGUGGCCGAAGUCGCGACGCACGCGGGUCGUGACGCGGCGUGGCCGCUCUCGCGGGCCAUUCUGGCUGGCGCCUCCGAGGACCUCGUCCGGCGGCUCGUCGACGCCGGGGCCGACCUGCACGCCGUGCACGAGCACCGCCGCUUCGGCAGCAUCGCGCCGCUGUCUGCCGCCAUCCUCACAAGCACGCCCGACAUGGCCCGGCUUCUCGUGCGCCUCGGCGCAAGCUACGAGGAGCCGGGGGUGGCUCUGCCAUUGCGCCCCCCAGCCGAGCGCCGGCCGACGCGACACCCACUCUUCGCGGCCGUGCAGCGCCUCGCGCAGUCACAGACCCACGACACGUCGGCGGUGGAGGACUGCCUCGCGCACGGGUGCUCCAUCAACCGCACGGAGCCGCGCGUUUGGGACCGCGGCUUCAACUGGGACUGGCGGCCGCGGCAGCAGUACAGCACGCCGCUGCUCGAGUUCCUCGACGCAAUCCCUUCCAUGUCCGGCACCACCGCGCAGCGCCACGCCACGCUGCAGAACCUCGCCUUCCUCCUCUCGCGCGGCGCGCGCACGCCCCCCCUGGCGCCGGACCUACCCGGCGCCAUUGUCCAGACGACGACGCCGUCGUCCCUCGAGCUGCUCAUUGACCGCUGGCAGGUCGAAGCGCUCAACGACGACCACUUCUUCCGCGUCGUCACCCUUAUCGUCGACGCGGGGUGCAUGGACGGCGCCAUGGGCCGCAUCAUGCGGCGGUACUGCCGCGGCGUGCGCAACCGGGACCCGUACUUUGCCCCAGCGUGGCGCGGCUGGCGCCGCCUCAUUGACCUGUUCCUGGCGCGGCCCGGCAUCGACCCUAGCGCGCUGCUGCUGCAUCUGCUCGUCGACUCGGGCACUAAGGAGAUGGCGGCCGUCGAGCGCUUGCUCGUCGCCGCCGUCGACUACCUACUCGCGCGCGGCGCCGACAUUAAUGCGCCCGCCUCGCCGCUCGGCACUUCGGCCCUGCACACCCUUUGUACCGUCUACCAGCACCCGACCCCCGACACCAUGUGGUGGCACCGCUCGCCCUACCAGGAGUCCGUCGUCCGCCACCGAUGCGACCUGCUGCAUCUCAUGAUGAGCCGCGGCGCCGACCCUCUCCUGCGAUUUCGCGGCCGCAACGCACCGACGGAGCUCAUACAGUAUCUCAAGGUCGCGGAUCCGUCGACGCGCGCGUGGAUCAUAAAGGUUGGCAGGACGCUAUGCGAGGGCAUGGCCGCGCAGCGCAUCGCCAGGGCGAACAGAACCGAGUACGUGCGCGACAAGAAGACAAGUUUCUCCACGUAG